AUGAGCGAAGUACAUGUAUUGGUGGGCAGAGCACAGGUGUUCACUCACUCUGCACAGACAAAUAAUUGGGUGCCAUCUUCACCAAGCCCAGCGACAUUGUUGCUUUAUCAUCACCAGGGCAACAAUAGUUAUCGUGUGAUUGCUCGUGGCUUUGAGGACCCCAAUCAGAUAUUGAUCAACUUCUCCAUUACAAAGGAUGUGAUCUACAAGUUCGCCUCGGCCAACUUCCACACAAUGUCCGAUCAGCGCACUCACUAUGGAAUCAACUUUGCGACAAAGGACGAGGCCGACCAGUUUGGCGCUGGCAUCGACAACGUCAUCAACCAGCUCAAGAACAGCGGUUCCUCCUCGCCCUCAUACCCACCCCCUCCCGUGCAGCAGCAGCAGCCACCUCAGCCACAGUACCAGGCGCCUCAGCAGCCUCAGUACCAGGCGCCACAGCAGCCACAGGCACCACUGUCACAAUCACAGCCAAUGCAGAGACCUCAAAUGCAGCUUCCACCACAGAUUGCCAAGCCAGGCGCUGCUCCACAACCAACACAACAACCACCACAGAUGCAGAUUCCAGCUCGUCCUCCCUCAGUCAAUCUUGGCAAGUCGGCCGCUGCCCCUGCACCCCCUGUACCACCACCCGCACCCAAGCCACCUGCUGGCGGCCCACCCCCUCCUCCAGGUCCACCUCCACCUGCAAAUGCCCCACCUAGAGGUGCUUUGUUGAGCUCAAUCGAAGGUUUCUCCAAGAAUGGUUUGAAGAAGACUGUUACUGUGGACAAGAGUGGACCAUUGAUUGGAGGCAACACUAAUGCCAGUACACCAGCAUCUGGAUCAUCACUUAAUGUUGGUGGCGGAGGCGGUGGCGCCGGUACAGCAGCCGCACCCAAGGCAAUGGGCGGUGGCGGAGGCGGUGGUGGCAACAUGAUGGCCGAGAUGAUGGCCAAGAGAAACGCCAUGAAGAAGACACCAGUCGUCAGAGACGAGGUGUCAUCUGCACCAACACCAGCACCAGCAGCAGUACCUGCACCAGCACCAACACCAUCACCAGUUCCAAUCCAAAAAGCGACACCAGCGCCAUCACCCGCCGUCUCCAAGCCCAAGCCACCACCCGCCUCCAACCGACCCAACUUGUCACCAAACAACACAGCACCAGCUCCAUCGGCAUUGACCGAUCCCGACAUGCUGGCGCUCAAGGAGGAGAUUCUGUCAGAGUUCAGGAGAGAGAUGGCCAAGUUCAAAGAGGAGAUAUUGGAGGCCAUCAGAUCGUCUUCGCAU